GGGAUAUUGGGAGCGCGCGGCUGAUUGUGACGUCACCAGGCGCACUUGGUUCGACUUCUCGUGGAAAGCGCGAGGCGAGCUGUGUGGCACAGAGAGUGGAGAGAGCGCGCUGAGAAAUAAUAUCCUACAGGAUCUCGUGAUGUGCAAAGAGACAGAUGAGAGACAUCGACCACCUUAGUUUCGUGGACAUAUCCAAAACGCUUUACAAAGUAAAGAAAGUAACCACAACUGUGACAAUAUGGAAAACAUCACGAGCAUAUCGGACCCAAAUCCAACAUGCAACUUCAGCAUGGACUUAUAUUACAACUCUCUUAAUCGGAGUGAUCUGAACUGCACGCCUCCAGCCGACUACUUCUUUUACGCGGACCUCUAUGUGGUCCUGCCGGUCAUUUACUCCGUGAUAUGUGCCGUAGGUUUGACGGGCAACACGGCGGUCAUCUAUGUGAUCCUCAAAGCGCCCAAAAUGAAGACCGUGACCAACAUGUUUAUUCUCAACCUGGCGAUCGCCGAUGACCUCUUCACUCUAGUGCUGCCCAUCAACAUAGCCGAGCAUCUUUUACACUACUGGCCAUUCGGCGACGUGCUUUGCAAAAUCAUUUUAAGCAUUGACCACUAUAACAUCUUCUCGAGCAUCUACUUUCUCACUGUUAUGAGCAUAGACAGAUACCUGGUGGUGCUGGCGACGGUGCGCUCCAAGCGCAUGCCGUACCGCACAUACCGGGCAGCAAAGAUAGUCAGCCUGUGCGUGUGGCUCCUUGUGAUCCUCAUCGUCAUCCCCUUCACAGUUUUCGCAGGAGUGUACAUCAGUCCCGAAAGGAAAAGCUGCGUGCUGAGUUUCCCCAGUCCUGAAAGUUUAUGGUUCAAAGCGAGCCGGAUUUACACCCUCAUUUUGGGCUUUGCCAUUCCGGUGUCCACCAUUUGCAUCCUUUACACCAUGAUGCUGUACAAAUUAAGAAACAUGCGGCUGAACACCAACGCCAAAGCACUGGACAAAGCGAAGAAGAAGGUGACUAUAAUGGUGUUCAUCGUACUGGCCGUGUGUCUGUUCUGCUGGACGCCUUUCCAUCUCAGCACCAUCGUAGCGCUGACCACGGAUCUGCGGACCACACCGCUUCUCAUCGGGAUCUCGUAUUUCAUCACCAGCCUGAGCUACGCCAACUCCUGCUUAAAUCCAUUCCUGUAUGCCUUCCUGGACGACAGCUUCAGAAAAGCUUUUAGGAAGAUGUUAGAAUGUAGACCUGCUUGAAUGUAACUUUGUUUUUAAAAUGCAGUUAUCCAACAUGUAAAAUAGUAUACUUUAGCAUUUACUAAAGUAAAUUGUAGUAUGCUUUAGUAAUUAGCAUACUACAUUUUGUCAAUGUAUAGCCUACUACCGGAAUUGAUCAACUGUGAAAAAUACUGUUGCAUACUUUAUUAUUUAGUAUGGUAAUGUUUAAAGCACUAUAGUAUUUUGGAAAUGUACUACAGUUCACUAUAGUAAAUACUAAAGUAUCCUAUAUUUUUUUAUCCUAACAGAAUAAAAAACCUAGUGAGCAACUCCUGUAGACACUAGACAUCA